AUGCCUUCCAAGGCGUUCGUCUUUUGCUACACCGCAUACAGCCUCGUCACCGUCCCGGCACGGCUGGUGGUCGUAGCAGUUUACAACAUCCCGAGAUUUCUUCGGCCCAAUGCUGCUUGGUCAUACAAAACAGCAUUCUACAAGGGAAUCACUUGCUCAGUUCCGGAAGUUGAGCCCCUAUCCAUUGGGGCUUUCUGGUUCCCGGAGGCCCCAGCUAAGCCCCCACAGCAACUAAUUAUUUACUUCUACCCGGGUGCCUAUAUGAUGUUCGGUAGUCGUCCCAGUAAAACUGGCGAUCCAGCGCUUGCUAUCCAGUACCGCUUGUCUCAAGAUAAGAAAACCACAUUCCCUGCCGCCCUUCAGGAUGGAAUCACUGCCUAUAUUUAUGCUCUCGAGAUUCUUAAGAUCCCACCCUCUCAGAUCACAUUCGCUGGUGAAUCGGCAGGUGGCAAUCUCGUCAUGGCACUGCUCUGCUACAUCAACGAGGAGACCCCGAUGCUUCCGUUAUCUUGCUGUGCAAUUUUGUCAUCUCCUUGGGUCGACCUGAGCUCUAAGGCCAUUAAGAAUGUGCCCCUGAACCGCAAUUACAACACCGACUUUAUUAAACAGAAUUUCCUUGACUGGGGCCGGAAGGCCUUCACUCCUGAGAGGUGGGAUAGCAGUAACUCCUGGAUCACGUUUCUUGGAAACGAGACUCAACUGGAUAUCCCGGUCUUUGUCAAUACUGGUACAUCGGAAGUCCUUUAUGAUGAUAUUAUGAAGUUUGCAGAGAAUUUGAGGGAGAAGGGUAAUGAGGUUGAAGUGCUCGAAAGUCUUAACGCAGCCUAUGUUCCUUACCGACUGGGUAAGAAUUGGAACAUGGAAGAAGCUCAGGCUAUUUGCUUGAAAACCAUGACUAAAUUCCUCGAGAAAACCGGUGUUUAA